ACAUACUCCUCAGUGCGUCUACAUCGAUGCCAGUCACUACAAUGGUAUCCUAGCGGAAAGUGUGUUCUAAACAAGGGUUCUCAUCUCGGAAGCUAUGACCUGAUCGAGGAUCGAGGCUCCAUUUAUCAGUACAUUAACUGCGAUAUCCAAGUGCUUCUUGACAUCGCUUCCAGAGUCUGCAGUUCAAUGAACACAUCAAACCCUCCUGGUGAACCAUCCGUUCGAAGUCGAUCGAAAACCACAACAGAAAAGCCAGCGUCAAAAAGACCAACGCAUCACGAUGAGGACUCAGAAGUACCAACUGCAGUGUGGAAGUUCCUGACGACACCAGCUAGUACAAGUCCAUCUACCACCACGGAGGCAGCAGAACAGACAACAACUGAAGAAAACAUCUCAACAACUUCAAAAGAAGAAAGUACUGAAGUUCCUACAACGGAAACGACAACGGCAACUACAACAGAAGUCACUGAAACUUCCACGGUGACCACGGUAGCCAUUGAGGAGACACAGUCAACAGAGCGAGAAGCAGUGGAGAGUUCGACAUCGACAACGGAGGAGGGACGUCGUGGAAAAACAACUGAACAUUCUUCACUCAAACCUGGUAAGUAG